GUGAUCGCUGAUUGGCUGGGCGUCCCCGUCACUUGGUGCUGACUCGGUGUCGGCUUCUGCGGCGGAGUCGCGGUUUCCAAGGAGACGGUGGAGGAUGCGCGGGUCCGUACUGGUUCCAUGGAUAUGUUUUUUUCUGCUAUUAGGAUCAAGUUUAUCUGAACUAUGAACCCUGUAUUUCUGCAGAUCCAUCUUCUGGUGCUAUGGCAGAUCCACAGUCUAGCUGGCUGAAGCCGUGCUGUGGUAAAAGAGCCACUGCGUGGCAUUCUUUCCUGCUUAACGCUGGUGUAAACAGUGUCUUGGUGGCCUGUGUGAUUCUGGUGGUUAUUCUAAUGACCGUUGAACUGCUCAUCGAUACAAAGCUCCUCCAAUUUUCCAAUGCACCCCAGUGUUCUGGAAUCAUCCAUUGGAUCAGUCUAUCCAUUUUGUCCAUGUUCUUUGUCGAGACUAUUUUAAGAAUUAUUAUUCUUGGCAUUUGGGAUUACAUCGAAAAUAAAGUCGAGGUGCUGGAUGGGGCAGUGGUUAUUCUCUCACUGGCUCCAAUGGUAGCCUCAACAGUGGCUAAUGGACCUAGAAGUCCUUGGGAUGCGAUUAGUCUCUUUAUUUCACUGAGAAUAUGGAGAGUGAAGAGGAUUAUAGAUGCUUACGUCUUGCCUGUAAAAGUGGAAAUGGAGAUCGUGGUACAGCAGUAUGAGAAAGCCAAACUCAUCCAGGAGGAGCAGCUGGACAGACUGACACAGUUGUGCCAAGAACAAGCAUUUGAGAUUAGGCAGCUGAGGGCUCAUCUUGCACAGCAGGAUUUGGACCUGGUUGCAGAGCGAGAAAGAGCCUUAAAGCUUCCACAUGGGCUGCAAAAACAAAGUGAGCGCUUCAAGGUGAUGCCAAACAGAGAUUCUGAUGAUGAUGCAACAGAAAACAUCUCUGAACUAGCGCAUGAGGUCAUUAUGAAGGAUGACAUGAACAAUUACAUCACCCAGUAUUAUAACGAGCCAAGCAGUGAGAGCGGUGUUCCUGGGACGUGCAUCAUCACUACAGCUGCUAUUGAUGUUCAUCAUCACCCCGAUAUAUCCUCUGACCUUUACUCUGCAGAAGUACAAAUCACCCCAGAACGAAACAGCAGCUCAAGUAGUAUAAACUCAGUAAGUGUGUCCAGAUCUCCGGAAAGUUCUGAAACAUUAGCUCAGAGCAUAAGCAGCCAGGUCUUUUGUUCCUCCACAGACUGCAGCACAAGGGAGGAAUCAACAGAUUAUUGUCCAUUGGCACCAACUGCACAACGUACUGUGAAAAAUGCUCAAGAACUCUUAUCUUCCUUUUCAGAAGAUAUAUCAUUUAUUCAGAGAAGGAAGGAUCCGGCCAACCUUCACCUGAGUAAUCCUGUAGUCUCAUGUAUCUCUAGUCCCAAACAUGCACAUCCAAUCAAUAUUUACAACAGGGUCCAUCAAGAGGAAUUUAGGAUUUUCCAUGACAAGUCUGUGACACCACUUAACCUCCCUCUUUUAGAGAGUAAACGGUUAGAUACAGAAAUUAAAUGAAACUGGGUAACAGAUUUGUAACUCUUGAGCCUUGAUCCA